AUGCCCAUCUCCAUCCUCCCGCCGUCGGCGCCCAUCGCCGCGGCGCACCUCCGCCAGGACGACUCCGACGAAGACAUGAGCGACGACGACGGCCUCCCCGUGCAGAGCGCCACGUCCAUCGUCACGCCCGGCGAGACGGUAACGUCGGACCCCCAGUGGAUGCGCGGCCACGGCACGUACGUCCCCGCCGAGUCCACCACCAUCAUCUCCACCGUCGCGGGCCACCUGCACAAAACCAACAAACUGCUCUCGGUCCAGCCCCUCCGCGCGCGCUACACCCCCGAGAUCGGCGACCUCGUCGUCGGCCGCAUCGUCAGCGUGCAGACCAAGAAGUGGACCGUCGACAUCGCCGCGCCCAUGUUGGCGAGCCUGCCGCUCUCUGCGAUAAACCUGCCCGGUGGCAUCUUGAGAAGGAGGACCGCGGUCGACGAGCUCAACAUCCGGACCUUCUUCAGCGAGGGCGACUUGCUGGUCGCCGAGGUGCAGAGCCUGCACGGGGACAACACGGCGAGCUUGCACACGCGCAGCCUGAAGUACGGGAAGCUGCGCAACGGGCUGUUCACCUCGCUGUCCGGGGCAGGCGGCGGCAUCUUGUCGCGCAGGGGCGGGGUCGUGCGGAGCAAGCGGCAGACGUUUACGCUGCAGACGAGCGCCGGCGAGAUCGAUGUCGUGCUGGGCGUGAAUGGGUAUAUUUUUGUGUCGGCGCACAAGAAGAGCGGGCACGAUGAGAAGGAUGUGAGCAUCACCAGCUUGGACCAGGGCGUGAGCGAGACGCUGUAUUCGAGCCAGAACGACGACAUUGAGCCCGGUGUCGCGCGGGAGAUCACGAGGGUGAGCACGCUGGUCAAGGGGCUGGUCGCGUGUGGGCGGCGCGUGGAUGAGGAUAUGAUUGUGCGCGUGUACGAGGGCGCUGUGGAGCUCGAGGCGGAGGAGAAGGUCAUGGGGGCCUCGGAGCGGGCGGGGGGCGCAAAGGGCGUUGUGGAAGCCGUGCUGGGGCGCUUGGAGAUGGGCGGGUGA